AUGCAGACACACAAAGCAGACUUUGUCGUUCUUUGCAUAGGGAUGUUCAGUGGUGUGCCCGACAUACCCACAUUCCCAGCAGGUAAAGGUCCAGAAGUAUUUGAUGGGCAGGUGAUCCACUCCAUGGAUUAUGCCAAAAUGGGCACAAGUAAAGCUAAGGAGAUGAUCAGGGGCAAGCGUGUGACUGUCGUUGGCUACAUGAAAUCUGCACUUCAUAUUGCCGCUGAAUGUUCCGAAGUAAAUGGCACUGCUCACCAAUGUACAAUGGUGGUCCGGACAAAGCACUGGAUCGUACCGGACUACUCCGUCUGGGGCAUCAAUGGCAAAAACUUCACUCUCAACUGUUUCUCUGAACUCCUCGUCCACAAGCCUGGCGAGGGCCUCCUCCUGUCGAUCUUGGCCACUCUCCUGACUCCCUUGGUAACUAUAUAA